UCAAGUUUAAGCGCAGGUACCGGAGGUUUGGUUUUGUACGAUUUAACAAGUUCUGCUCCACACAAUAAAGAAUUCAGUCCACAUUGUGUUAAAACAUUGAUGGAUUUGAAAUUGUUGGAUGUCGGUUAUGAUCGUCAACGUUUGACGUUCACACAAGUUCGUACAGAUUUGGCAAAACGUGUAGGAGAUAAUGCAGCAACCGUUCCAACUCUUGAACUCAGUGAUGGAACACAUUUACAAGAUAGUUGGUUGAUUGCAAAUUGGCUAGCAAAUCAUCAUCCAAAAGGAAAUGCUCUGUUCCCUUUUCCGUCUUCAAGACCUUUUGCUGCUUCUCUCAAUGCAUGGGGAAGAUCAAAUUUUGCCGCUCAACUUCGUUCACUUACAAGACCUCCCAUUCAUGACAGCCUUACCGGAGAAUCAAAGAUUUACUUUGAACAAGUUAAAGUUGGUAAACAAAAAUUGGAAAAGAUGCGUGCAAUGACACAAGCAGAACGUGAUCAACAAAUUCAAAAUUGCAUUGUUGCUUUAGAACCAAUUCAAGAUGCUCUUGCUGCCGUACGCGAAAGUCAUAAUGCCUCAGCCGGAAGUCUUUCCACCGUCCCUCUUUGGCUUGAAGGUGAUCAAGAACCAACUCAUGCAGAUUUCUGUGUUUAUGGCUGGUACGUUCAUUCCCGCUCCACCGGUCCGACCAUCACCCGUGAAAUUUGGCAUGCUCUCCCUCUGGUCUCUCAAUGGGUCAAUGCUCUGAAUGCAUGGGCAGGAAAUGAGAUCACAAAAGAUUUC